AUGGUGGCCGACGCACCCGAUCGCGGCCAUUUCGACGACGGCCGCCAGGCCGACAGACUGAAGAUUAUCCUCGGGGUAGACUAUGGGACCACUUUCACGGGCGUCAGCUACGUGACGUCGGACAAGACAAGCAUCGAUGACAUCGACGUGUUCCGGACUUGGCCCGGCGAGGGACGGCCCGUGGAGGGCAACUGGAAGACACCCACCGUCAUCGCCUACGGAGCCGAGAAUCGAGGCGUCAGCCGCAACCACUGGGGCUAUGAGGUGCGGCGGGGCAUGGCAUCCUGCUCCUGGACGAAGCUCCUGCUGGACACGUCGGCCGAGACGAGCGAGUUCGACGACCCGUCGCUGCGCAACGCCACGGGUUCGGCGCUGUUUCAUCUCCCACGCGGAAAGGACGCCCAGAUGGUGUGCCAGGACUUUUUGACCGAGGUCUACCGCUUCGUCGUCGGCAACCUGAAGAUGCGCAUGACGCCCGAGGUCUUCGACAUGACCCCCAUCGAGUGCUACCUCACCGUGCCGGCCAUCUGGGCCGACAAGGCGCGUUCGGCGACGUGGGAGGCGGCCAAGGCGGCCGGCUUCGGCUCGCGUCCUUUCGAUGAAAUCCGGAUGAUCGCCGAGCCCGAAGCAGCAGCGAUAGCGGCACUGAGGAAGGACCUCCGCCCUGGGUCUGUGAAUGCCGUCAAGGCUGGGGAAAACGUUCUCAUUCUCGACUGCGGAGGGGGGACUGUGGAUAUCACGACCUACACCAUCAGGAAAACGUUUCCAUCUAUCGAGUUCGACGAGAUUUGUGUCGGCGUCGGUGGUAAAUGCGGUUCAACGUACAUUGAUCGGAAUUUCCUCAACCUGAUGACGCGACGGUUCGGGGCCGCCUUCGAAAACGUCCCGCCUAGGCGAAAAAGCCCUGGGAGCGAGUUCAUGGCGUCGUUCGAGAAGGCGAAGCAGAGCUUUGGCACCUCAGAGAACGACACGUUCGAUAUCUACCCCAUCGACCUGCAAGGGGACUUCGCCGAGGAGCACUACGACGAGGAUGAAGCGGCUGUGACCUUGUCGAGAGCCGACAUGAAGGAAUUGUUUGACCCGGUCGUCGAGGAUAUCCUUCGCCUCGUCGGCCAGCAGGCCAGCCAUAUUUCCCACACCAAGGGCAAGCGGAUCAACUCGAUCGUUCUUGUUGGCGGCUUCGGAAACUCUGACUACCUGAAGCGGGAAUUAGACGCUUGGUGCGCUAUUAACGGCAGGAUCAAAUGCAUCCGGCCUAAUUUCUGGGGUCUCGAGAGAGCAAUGCCGCGCGUGCUGAUCUGCCGUCGUCAUUACGGCUUCGAUUGCGCGCAGCCGUUCCGGCCGGAUAUAGAUGAUAGGAAACACGCCUUCGUUGACUGGGGUGUCACCUAUUGUUCUGGGCGCAUGCAAUGGAUGAUCGGAAAGGGUGCGGAGCUUUCCGACUCAACACGCCGAACGUUCGCAGUAACAAGAACUUGGCGGUCAGGUCACUCAUAUGUCUUUAACGACACGCUGUACUCGUGCCACCUCGAUCUGGCUCCCGAGCGUCUAGACGACCCCGGGAUCGCACAAAUCGGCACUAUCAGUGUGGAUUUUACGAACGUCGACCUGUCGAGAUUCAGGACAGAGACAACGGCGACUGGGAUGAAGUACGACCUUGAGUACGAAGUCUGCGUAGAUUUCCGAUCUGAUGAAGGGUUGCUGCGAUGCUUUUGUCAGGCACAUGGCAGGACCAUUGGCGUUACCACGAUCAGUUUCACAGACCUUGCCGGGUAG